AAAAGCGGUGUCGCAAUGAGGAAAACUUCUGGAAGAUUUUCAGCAAUCGCCCAGAACGGAGUUGGCGAUGACGAGGAGGAAAAGGACGAGGAAGAAGAAGAGGCAGCAGCGCGGCGUACACAAGAGCAGCGUGGGUUGGAGAUGGCAGCAGGAGGCGAGACGAAGCCAAACAGAUGAUGAUGGGGGAGGUGAUGAUGGUGGGGGAGAAGGGACAGGGAGAGGAGCGAUGUUGCCAGUGGGUAAGGUUUACAGCUCCAUGCCAUCACACAGACAACGACAUCAACGACAGCCUGUGCCCUCAGCGGCGUUGCUGAGGUCAACAACGGCACAGCAUGGCCAAGGGCACAGGGAUCAACCACAAGAGCUUCAAAACCAGCAGUAUCGUCGACAGGGAUGGCAGCAGCAGCAGUGCCGGUCAGGAGAGAUGCGACAAUCUGCAGCUUCCAGAAGACACACACAAUCAUGGGAAGAGGCGGAUGCCGUGUUUGAGCUGGCGCUCGUGUUUGGCGAUGCGGCUCAGCUGCAGGCGUGCUUGGACGCAGGCUGUGAUCCAGAUUGCCGGUUUGAUCGCCCCUACUACGAGACUCCGCUAGGCCUCGUUGUGGCUGCAGCGCAGGAUCCGUCAAGCUACCUCCAGUUCCUCAACAUUGACCGUCAUCGCCACGUGUACCAACAAGGCAUGGGGGUAUCGGACUCGCAGCAGAUGGGAAUGAGGAACCUUGCACCAACGGAAGCAGUGGAUUCAAUGACUGCAAUGACAGCAGAAAGGACAACAACAACAACAUCAGCAGCAGCAGCAGCAACAGCAGCAGCAGCAGCAGUAACAGCGGCGGUCACAGCAGCAACACCAACACCAACAGUAACAGCAACAGCAACAGCAUCAGCAACAGGGAGGGUGAGGCCAUGCACAAGGACAACCAAGUCGUCGCAAGCACCGACACCAUCAGCCACACAACGUGGAAUGCCAAGCCAAGAUGACCCAGCACCGAGGCGCCAGCACCUGGAAUGCAUCCGGCUGCUGCUUGCGCGUGGUGCCAAGGUAGACGCCACGUUCACCUCUGUUAACGGCACCAUCACAUGCUUGCAUGAGGCCAUCCUGCAAGACAAUGCAGAUGCUGCGGCGCUGCUGGUGGAUGCAGGCGCCACGCGCAUGGUCAUGCCAGGUUACAGUGCACUUGAGCUUGCUGUCACCAAGGGCGCCACCUCGUGCGAGGAGCUGCUCUUGAAGGACCUGUGCUCGCACCCUCUGCUGCACUUUGAUGCGGCUGCACGUGCCUACGUGGCAUCCCUGCAGCGCGUGCUACGCCACUAUGUCGUGGAGACGGAAGAUGCUGUCUCCGCAUACCGGCUGCUUCGCGCCAAUGUCCCUGUGCCCGCUGCGCCCGCUGCGCCAAGCAUGGCCGGAACAACAACGGCAACAAGGACGAGGGCAAGCACGGCGCCGCCUUCGCGCACGGAUUCACAGCAUGCUUUUGGAGAUGCACUGCACCGCGGGCAUGCUGCCGUGUUUUGCAACCUCUUUGCCAGCUUCGGUUACUUGUGCAGGCACGGCGGUGUGAGGCGGGAACAGCGCGGGCUGCGAAGCGGCUCUUUUCUCGCAGCGCCAGCCACCUCCACUUUUGCGACAGUGCGCACGCCAUCACUGCGGCCCGUGCCAAGCUUGUUCUCCAUGGCGUACGCAGCAGCGCUACACACAGACCAAUUGAAGCUGUUAUCAGACGACCACCGUGACUCGCUCCAUGCUUCCCUCUACUCUGCGGCGUUUCGCUCCCUCGCUCUUGCCAUGCAGACUAACCUCGACACCAAGCGACGUUAUGAUGCGUGAUCGUGUGUGGUGUUGUGUUGUGUUGUGUGAUCAUUUUAUGUGUGUGGUGUUGUGUGUGGUGUUGUGUUGUGUUGU